UUGGUACUUGGUAUAUAUGGUCUUUUGCUUGAAAUGUCUAGAGUAGUUUUGUUCCCCUCUUCGCUUAUAAACUUGAUUUAUAGUUCAUAACUUGGAGGCCGUGACUUUCAGAAUUUUCAUUGGAAAGUUAGAGAAUAUGGAGAGUUCAUAUAGGCUUUUGUUGGUUUUCCUUGUAACUUUCGCUACAAUUCACUUUGUUCAAGCUCAGGACGAAGGAUUUAUCAGUUUGGAUUGCGGGUUAUCCCGGAGUGAACAGUCUCCUUAUACUGAGUCUGCAACUGGAUUACAGUACUCAUCAGAUUCAAGUUAUAUCCAAACUGGAAAAAUUGCUAGGAUUCAGAGAGAUCUUGAGGGACCUCACUUAAAGCCUCAAACAACGGUUAGAUACUUUCCAGACGGAAUACGCAACUGUUACAAUAUUACGGUGAAGCAAGGAACCAAGUAUAUGAUCAGAGUUAGAGCAAUAUAUGGGAAUUACGACGGUCUUAAUACUUAUCCUAGAUUUGACUUGUACAUAGGCCCUAAUUUCUGGAUAACACUAGACACUAAAGAGUAUGUCCGGAAGGAGAUCGUUCACAUCCCAAGAUCAAACAUGUUGGACCUGUGCCUUGUCAAGACGGACACGUCCACGCCAUUUAUAUCGGCCAUCGAAAUGAGACCGCUACCAAAUAACAGUUAUAUCACCACAUCCGGUUCGUUGAAAUUGUUUUCGCGGUAUUAUUUUAGCAAUUUAGAGGACAUACUACGGUACUCCGAGGAUGUCUAUGACAGAAUGUGGAAUUAUUACAAUCAAACAGACUGGAAGCAGAUAUCCACAAGUCUUACGGUGAACACUUCAGAUAGUUUCCGUCUUCCUCAAAAUGCUAUCAAAACCGCUGCAACAUCUGCGAAUGCCAGCGAGCCAUUGAUAGAUAUCGAGUUUCCGGAAUCUGCUAAUGAUAAAGUUUACAUUUACCUCCACUUUGCUGAGGUCGAAGCCUUAAAAGCCAAUGAGACUAGAGAGUUCGACAUUUCUUUAAACGGAGAAUCCAUAAAAGAAUCGUACAAGCCUUUAUAUCUUCAGUCCGAAACAAACUUGUCUUCAAAUGGGUUGACGGGAACUAUAGACGCUGGAAUUCAAAAUCUAACCCAUCUAGAAAAGUUGGACUUGUCAAAUAAUAGUUUGACUGGAUUAAUUCCCGAAUUUCUAGCUAACAUGAAAUCCUUGAUGAUCAUAAAUUUGAGCAAGAACCAGCUGAAUGAUUCAAUUCCACAAGCUCUCCGCGAUAGAGAAAAGGAAGGACUGAAGUUAUCUGUUGAUGGACAUGCUAUAUCAUGUCUACCUGGUUCAUGUGUCUCAAAGAAGAAAUUUCCGGUGUUGAUUGUUGCACUAGUUGCUUCAGUGGUGGUUGUGGUCAUAGUAAUGGUACUGGUUUUCAUUUUUGUGUUCAGAAAGAAAAAGACAUCAGAUCAUGUGGAAGCAAUACCCCGGUCAGCAGUUACUACACGGGCGAAUUUCACGUCCACGAAUACAUCUGAGACAUCCAUCGAGACGAAAAAGAGAAGGUUCAGUUAUGCAGAGGUAAUGCAAAUGACAAACAACUUGGAAAGAGCUCUAGGUGAAGGAGGGUUUGGUGUCGUUUAUCAUGGUUAUCUGAACGGUUCUCAGCAAGUAGCUGUUAAAGUACUUUCUGAAUCAUCAUCACAAGGCUAUAAACACUUCAAAGCAGAGGUUGAACUUCUUCUGAGGGUUCACCACAUAAAUUUGGUAAACCUUGUUGGGUAUUGCGAUGAACGAGAUCACUUGGCUCUCAUCUAUGAAUACAUGCCCAGUGGAGACUUAAAAGAACAUUUAUCAGGAAAACGAGGUGGCUCUGUUUUGAAUUGGACCACUCGAUUACGAAUAGCUGCCGAUGCUGCACUAGGAUUGGAAUACUUACAUAUUGGAUGCCAACCAUCAAUGGUGCACAGAGAUGUCAAAAGUACAAACAUAUUGCUGGGCGAGCAGUUCUCAGCCAAAAUUGCAGAUUUUGGCCUUUCAAGAUCUUUUCAACUUGGAGAUGAAUCCCAUGUUUCGACGGUUGUUGCUGGUACUCCUGGAUAUCUUGACCCUGAAUAUUACAGAACAGGUCGGUUGGCAGAAAUGAGUGAUGUCUAUAGUUUUGGGAUUGUAUUAUUGGAGAUAAUCACAAAUCAACGUGUCAUUGAUCAAAGCCGUGAAAAGCCCCACAUAACAGAAUGGACUGCGUUUAUGCUCAAUAGAGGAGAUAUAACCAGAAUCAUGGAUCCUAAACUUCACGGUGAUUACAACUCUCGUUCUGUUUGGAGAGCUGUUGAAUUGGCUAUGUUGUGUGCAAACCCUUCUUCAGAGAAACGACCAACCAUGUCCCAAGUUGUUAUCGAACUAAAAGAGUGUCUUUCUUCUGAAAACUCGAUGAAAGGUAAGAAUCAAGACACAGAAUCUCAUGGUUCAUUCGAAAUGAGCAUGAGCUUUGACACAAAAGCUGUGCCUAGUGCAAGGUAGUAUUUGCAAAGAAGCCUUGUUUGUGUCAGUGAUGUACUUGUGCUUUUGGUAUGGUUUUUUUUUUUGUCAAAGAAGUGCUUCAAUUUGUGAUUAAGAAAA